CCACAUUUUUUUUUUUACAGUGUUUUCAAGACUAGCUGAACGCUUGCUCCUUGUCAGUUUUCAUUUAACCAGAGGGUUGUUGUCGCGUUCAGCGCUAUUUCCAGACCAUUAUGCCGAUAAAAUUCAUUAUAAAUUAAGUUAUUUUAAGUUGUCUUUUGUAAAGAUACUUUUGUUUUGCUCAAAAUAAUUGUGUAUCUGGGCUUACGCUCGAAAUUAAAGUUUUAAAGUUGUUGUUGUUGUUUUGCUGACUCUGUUACACUUUUCCAGGAGGUCAAAGUUUAGUGUUAGGAUGCACCUGCUGAACUCUGUCCUUACACCGGGUCUCCGGGCGACCCUGAACUGUAUUGGAACCAGGAGUGCAUCUUCAGGAACCCUUCAAAUCAAAGAUCCUCUCAGCUUCUGGUGUGGUGCCCGAGUCAACCUCAAAGAUGUGAAAAGUAAAUCCGAGCCAGUAUAUGAGCCUGCAACAGGUCGUGUCCUGUGCCAGCUGCAAGCUUGCGGGGCAACAGAGGUUGAUGCAGCUGUUAGGAGCGCCAGUGCAGCUUUCACAGUGUGGAGUAAACUGGCAGGCAUGGAAAGAGCCCGAGUCAUGCUAGAGGCAGCUAGACUGAUUCAGAAAAGAAGAGAUGAGAUUGCUGAGUUGGAGGUGGCUAAUAAUGGGAAGUCCAUCACAGAGGCUUGCCUAGAUGUGGACUCAGCCAGACUGUGCAUUGAGUAUUUUGCUGGACAAGCCACAACCCUUUCAGGUCAGCACGUUCAGUUACCCGGAGGUUCAUUUGCCUAUACACGUCGAGAGCCGCUUGGUGUAUGUGUGGGAAUAGGAGCCUGGAACUACCCAUUCCAGAUUGCAGCCUGGAAAUCUGCCCCUGCAAUUGCAUGGGGCAACUCCAUGGUGUUCAAGCCGUCACUGGUGACCCCAGUGACUGCAGUACUUCUGGCUGAGAUUUAUUCGCAGGCUGGGGCUCCAGAGGGCCUGUUCAAUGUGGUGCAGGGUGGAGUAGAGACAGGAUCUUUGCUGUGUCAGCACCCAACUGUGGCAAAAAUAUCCUUCACAGGAAGUGUACCCACAGGCAAGAAAAUAAUGGAAAUGGCUUCCAGAGGGGUGAAACCAGUGACACUAGAGCUUGGUGGUAAAUCUCCACUGAUCAUCUUUGAGGACAGUGACCUAGAAAAUGCUGUUAGAGGAGCACUUAUGGCCAACUUCUUGUCUCAAGGCCAGGUGUGCAGUAAUGGAACAAGGGUUUUUGUGCAAAGCUCAAUUCUUUCUCAGUUCUUAAAAGAGGUGGUAAAAAGAACUAAAGCCAUCCAGAUAGGUGACCCUCUGCUUGAUGAGACUCGUAUGGGAGCCCUGGCCAGCAAACCUCAUCUGGACAAGGUGUUAGGAUAUGUGAACCAAGCUAAAAACGAGGGAGCCAGAGUGCUCUGUGGAGGGGAACCCUUCACCCCUGCAGAUCCUAAAUUAAAAGAUGGAUACUACAUGACACCAUGUGUGCUGGACAACUGCACAGAUGACAUGACGUGCGUCAGAGAGGAAAUCUUUGGGCCUGUGAUGUCAGUGUUGUCCUUUGACACAGAGGAAGAGGUUCUUCGGAGGGCUAAUGACAGCAUUCUGGGUCUGGCUGCAGGAGUUUUUACUAAAGAUGUUAAGAGAGCCCAUCGUGUUAUAGAAAACCUGCAGGCUGGAUCUUGCUUCAUCAACAACUAUAAUAUCACCCCUGUGGAGGUGCCAUUUGGAGGGUACAAGGCCUCAGGUAUAGGAAGAGAAAAUGGUCAGGUGACCAUUGAAUUUUACUCUCAGUUGAAGACUGUGGUUGUGGAGAUGGGUGAUGUGGAUAGUCUUUUUUGAAUGCGGGCCAGAUGUGUUCUGGUUAUAGAUUAAUGAUUGGACCUUCCUGCAAGAUCUUAACAUCAAGCAGAAGCACUCGUGUUGUUUUAAGACUUGCACACACAUCUCCUGAUUUUUUUUUUUUUUUUUUUUGCAGGACUAAUGGACAAUGUUUGCCCUAUCAUGAUAAUUUUCUGUCAAGUAAUGACAGCUGUCUGUGAAUAUUUCACAAUUAAUUGCCUGUGCGAUGCUAUGAUUCUUUUUUUGCUAUUAACAAUUUUUAUUGAUUCUUGUAUAAAAAAAAACAGAAUAAACAAAUAUAUAUAUACAGAAUCAACUUUAACCCCAU